AUGGCAAUGGGGACAGGGGGGACAUGGGUGAGAGUGACUGGGGGACAUGGGGGCAUGGGGGACACGGUGACAGAGGUGACAUUUGUUCCUCAGGAUGACCACAAACUGUCCCUGGAUGAGCUGGGCAGGAAGUACCAGGUGGAUCUGUCCCGGGUGAGAUGUCCCUGUGUCCCCAUGUCCCUGUGUCCCUGUGUCCCUGUGUCCCCGUGUGUGGACAACUCGUCUCUGACGGGGGAGUCGGAGCCGCAGACGCGCUCCCCGGAGUUCACGCACGAGAACCCGCUGGAGACGCGCAACAUCUGCUUCUUCUCCACCAACUGCGUCGAAGGUGGGCGCCCAUCACGCUUUAUCUUCUUUUUCUUCUGCCAGAGUCGGGAUGGGGCCAACGUGCCCGAGGGGCUGCUGGCCACCGUCACGGUGUGCCUGACGCUCACGGCCAAGCGCAUGGCGCGCAAGAACUGCCUGGUGAAGAACCUGGAGGCCGUGGAGACGCUGGGCUCCACCUCCACCAUCUGCUCCGACAAGACCGGCACCCUGACCCAGAACCGCAUGACCGUGGCCCACAUGUGGUUCGACAACCAGAUCCACGAGGCCGACACCACCGAGGACCAGUCGGGUGCCACCUUCGACAAAUGCUUGCUCACCUGGGCAGCACUGGUGACACCGGGGUGGUCAGUGGGUGGCACCGGAGUGGUCAGUGGGUGGCACCGGGGUGGUCAGUGGAUGACACUGGGGUGCUCUCUGUGUCGGGAUCUGGAGGAGGAACAAGUGGAGAUGGUGGGGGAGGAGAUAGGUGUGCCCAGCCCCACCCAGAGGUGUCCCAGGUGUCCCCAAGAGUGUGUCCCCCCCUCCCAGCUGUCCCCAGGUGCUGACGGUGCCCCCCAGGUGAUCAUGGUGACCGGUGACCACCCCAUCACGGCCAAGGCCAUCGCCAAAGGCGUGGGGAUCAUCUCCGAGGGCAACGAGACCGUGGAGGACAUCGCGGCGCGGCUCAACAUCCCCGUCAGCCAGGUGAACCCCAGGGAGGCCAAGGCGUGCGUGGUGCACGGCUCGGACCUGAAGGACAUGAGCUCGGAGCAGCUGGACGAGAUCCUGCGCAACCACACCGAGAUCGUGUUCGCGCGCACGUCCCCCCAGCAGAAGCUGAUCAUCGUGGAGGGCUGCCAGCGACAGGGCGCCAUCGUGGCGGUGACAGGUGACGGCGUCAACGACUCGCCGGCGCUGAAGAAGGCGGACAUCGGCAUCGCCAUGGGCAUCGCCGGCUCCGACGUGUCCAAGCAGCAGGGCAGUGGGGACGUUGGGAAUGUUGAGGAUCUUGGGGACAUUGGGGACACUGAGGACAUUGGAGGCUUUAGGGACGGCCGCCUGAUCUUCGAUAACCUGAAGAAGUCGAUCGCCUACACCCUGACCAGCAACAUCCCCGAGAUCACCCCGUUCCUGCUCUUCAUCAUCGCCAACAUCCCGCUGCCGCUGGGCACCGUCACCAUCCUGUGCAUCGACCUGGGCACCGACAUGGUCCCCGCCAUCUCGCUGGCGUACGAGGCGGCCGAGAGCGACAUCAUGAAACGGCAACCGCGGAACCCCCGCAGCGACAAGCUGGUCAACGAGCGGCUCAUCAGCAUGGCCUACGGCCAGAUCGGGAUGAUCCAGGCUCUGGGCGGGUUCUUUAUGUACUUUGUGACCCAAUCCUGUGCCCCCAAAAAAAACCAAAUUUCCCCGUUUUUUAGGAACAAGAUCCUGAUUUUCGGGCUGCUGGAGGAGACGGCGCUGGCGGCGUUCCUGUCCUACUGCCCGGGCAUGGGGGUGGCGCUGCGCAUGUACCCCCUCAAGUGAGGGACCCCAAAAUCCUGGCUGCACCCCAAAAUCCCAACCCGCACCCCAAAUCUGGCCUGGAACCCCAAAUUCCAGCCUGAACCCCAAAUCCUGGCUGCACCCCAAAAUCCCUACUCACACCCCAAAUCCAACCUGACCCCUAAAUCCAACCUGAACCCCAAAUUCCAGCCUGAACCCCAAAUUCCCACCUGAACCCCAAAUCCUGGCUGCACCCCAAAAUCCCUACUCACACCCCAAAUCCAACCUGACCCCUAAAUCCAGCCUGAACCCCAAAUUCCUUCCGCACCCCA